AUGGCGUGUGUUGCACAGGAGAUUCACACAUCACUGAUCAACGGUAGGCCUAGCGCUGAUGAUCCUUCACAAAAGCUUUUGGAGUUUACUUCUGCACGAUACAUUCGCCUACGACUGCAGCGUAUUAGAACCCUUAAUGCUGACCUCAUGACUCUCAGCCAUAAUGAUCCUAAGGAACUAGACCCCAUUGUUACCAGAAGGUACUACUAUUCAAUAAAGGACAUAUCUGUUGGUGGCAUGUGUAUUUGUUAUGGCCAUGCUCGAAGCUGCCCUCUGGAUGAAAUCACAAAGAAAUUGCAGUGCCAGUGUGAACACAACACAUGUGGAGAGAGCUGUAACAAGUGCUGUCCAGGCUACCACCAGAAACCGUGGAGGCCAGGAACCAUUUCUGCUGGGAACAAAUGUGAGAAGUGCAACUGUCAUAACAAAGCAGAAGAUUGUUAUUACAAUCAGAGUAUUGCAGAUCAGAAAAGGAGCAUGGAUAUUCAUGGCCAGUAUAUAGGAGGUGGCGUGUGUUUAAACUGUACUCAACAUACUACUGGGAUCAACUGUGAAAUGUGUGCUGAUGGAUAUUUUAGACCACACAAAAUUUCUCCCUAUGAGGAUCACCCCUGCUAUCCCUGUGGCUGCGACCCGUUUGGCUCUCUGAGUUCUGACUGCGUUAAAGAUGAGCACCAUUCUGACUCACAGCGUGGGACUUGGCCAGGUCAGUGUCAAUGCAGAGAAGGUUACACAGGAGAAAAAUGUGAUCAGUGUGCAUUUGGAUAUCGGGGCUAUCCAAACUGCCUGCGUUGUAACUGCAGCCUGAUUGGUAGCAUUAAUGAAGAUCCAUGCACAGAACCUUGUCUUUGCAAAGAAAAUGUAGAAGGUGAAAACUGUGAUCUCUGUAAACCAGGAUUCUACAAUUUGCAAGAAAGAAAUCCUCAGGGCUGCACAGAGUGUUUCUGCUUUGGGGUUUCUGAUGUCUGUGACAGCCUAACAUGGCCCAUCAGUCAGAUAUUGGACAUGACUGGAUGGCUUGUUACUGAUCUGUAUAAUGCAAGGAGCGUGCAACCUCAACGAAGCCAAUUUGAUGGACCCCAUCAAAUAAGUAUUAACAACACUGAGGCUGUGAAAGUACUAAAACAUACUUAUUACUGGUCAGCACCUGAGACAUAUCUAGGAAAUAAACUCACAGCUUUUGGUGGAGACCUGAAGUACACGGUAUCUUACGACAUUCCAAUGGAGAGUGUGGACAGUGAUAUAGUAUCUACUGUGGAUGUCAUCAUUCAGGGUAAUGGGCAGAUAUUGAGUACAAGAGCGGCGGGCUUGUCAUUACAGCCAUAUGAGGAAUACUCUAAUGCAGUGAGACUUGUAUCGGAGAAUUUCAUAGACUUCAAUACAAAAAAAGCUAUAGACCGGGAAAGGUUGAUGACUGUUCUGGUAAACGUGACCCAUCUUCUGAUCAGGGCCAACUACAACGUUGCCAAAAAAGCCGUGUACAGGCUGGACUCUGUGACCCUGGAUACUGCAAGUGCAAAUGUUAUAGAUCUUUCUUCAACACCAGAUGUGGAAUUCUGUGAAUGUCCUCAAGGUUACACAGGAAUAUCCUGUGAGUCCUGUCUCCCUGGGUACUACCGUGUGGAUGGAAUACUCUUUGGAGGUAUUUGUCAACCCUGCAAAUGCAAUGGGCAUGCAUCUGAGUGUGAUGUUCAUGGUGUUUGCUUUGCUUGUCAACACAACACAACAGGACCUUUCUGUGACCAGUGCUUGCCUGGCUUCUAUGGAAGUCCAUCCCAAGGAACUUCUGAGGACUGCAAGCUGUGUGCAUGUCCUCUGAGUUCUGCUGCAAACAAUUUCAGUCCUACUUGCCAGCUGAGUGAAGGAGGUGGAAUUGUCUGUGACAAAUGUCUUCCAGGCUAUACUGGUUCUCAGUGUGAAAGGUGUGCUAAUGGUUACUAUGGAAAUCCACUCAUGCCUGGAGAAUCGUGUGCUCCUUGUGAAUGCAAUGGCAAUGUAAACCCUCAAGAAGAUGGCCACUGUGAUACCUUCACAGGACAAUGCCUGAAAUGUCUGGGGAACACAGCAGGUCACCACUGUGAGAAGUGUGCUGAUGGGUAUUAUGGCGAUGCAGUGGUUGAGAAAAGCUGUCGUGCCUGUGUGUGCCAUGUGAAUGGUUCCCUUUCGAGUACUUGUCAUCAUGAGACAGGCUUCUGUCACUGCAAAUCAAAUGUGAUUGGAGAAAGAUGUGAUAAGUGCUUGAAUGGUUAUUAUGGCCUGCUUACUGGGCUUGGCUGCAUUCCCUGCAACUGCAGUCAAUUUGGCUCAGUCUCUGAGGACUGCAAUCAUCAGGGGCAGUGUCACUGUGUACCAGGAGUGGCUGGAGAAAAGUGUGAUCGUUGUGCUCAUGGCUUUCAUGCAUUCCAGGAUGGUGGCUGCACACCCUGUGACUGUGCUCAUACUCAGAACAACUGUAAUGCUGAUUCUGGCCAAUGCAUUUGUCCACCUCACACCUGGGGACCAAAAUGUGAAUUCUGUGAAGAAAAUCACUGGGGACUCUCUCCUAAACUUGGCUGCAAGGCUUGCAACUGUAGCAACACUGGUUCCGCCAAUCUCCAGUGUGAUGUAUUGACAGGUCAAUGCCAGUGCAAAGUUGAAUUUGGAGGACAAGACUGUUCCAGGUGUGCAUUAGGCUACAGGGACUACCCGGAUUGUGUUGCCUGUGACUGUGAUUUGAGUGGAACCAAAGCAGAGAUGUGUGAUGACGCUGAAGGACUUUGUGGUUGUGAAGAAGAAACCGGCAUCUGUACCUGCAAGGAAAAUGUAUUUGGUCUACAAUGCAGUGAGUGUAAACCUGGAACUUUUGCUCUGUCUGCUAACAAUUCACUAGGUUGUACACCAUGCUUCUGUUUUGGGAUGUCCACAUUUUGUUCAGAACUAGAAGAUCACGUGAGAAUUCCUAUAACCUUAACUCCAGAUCAGUCCAUUCUGCAUGUAGUAACUCAAAGUAACCUGACUGGAAUGGUGGAAGGAGUAUUUUCACAAUUCCCUGAUGUUUUACUGGAUGCUUCCAUAGUCAGAAAAUACUUAAAUACAGAAACAUUUUACUGGAGGUUACCAGAGCAGUUUCAGGGAGACCAACUCAUGGCCUAUGGAGGGAAGCUGAGAUAUACUGUUGCUUUUUAUGCUUUGGAUGGCUUUGGAACCUCAAAUUUUGAGCCACAGAUUCUGAUGAAAGGAGGUCACACUAGCAAAUUAGUCAUCUAUGUAGACAUCCCUACUCCAGAAAACGGAGUAAGAACUGACAAAGAAGUAGAAAUGAAGGAGGAUUCUUGGAAGUAUUUCAACUCUGUGUCUGAUGAGCCUGUCUUACGUUCUGAUUUCAUGUCUGUGCUAAGCAAUGUUGAAUACAUCCUUAUCAAGGCAGCUUAUGGCCAAGGAUUGCAGCAAAGCAGAAUUGCAAAUAUCUCAAUGGAAAUUGCAGUGAAGUUUGAAGAAAUGCAUCUAGGCAGAGCUAAAGCUCAUCUUAUAGAGCAAUGUAGGUGUCCUGCUGGUUAUGCUGGAUUGUCCUGUCAGAGUUGUGCUCCAGGAUACUACAGGGGAAAGCAUACAGAACUCAGUGUAAAAGAGACUCACGCUCUGAUGGCACCUUGUGUGCCAUGUCAGUGCAACAACCACAGUGAAACCUGUGAUCCUGAAACUGGAAAGUGCUUGAACUGCGGAGAUAACACAGUUGGUGAUUACUGCAGUGCUUGUGCCCCAGGCUACUAUGGGAAAGUAAUUGGAUCUGUCAACGACUGCUCUCUUUGUGCCUGUCCUAGAGCCAACCCCGUUAGUUUUAGUCCCACUUGUGUCCUAAAAGGUGUUCAGGAUUACCACUGUGAUGCUUGUCUCCCAGGAUAUGAAGGACAGUACUGUGAAAGGUGCUCCCCGGGCUAUUAUGGUGACCCUCAGCUUCCCGGUGGCAGCUGCCAUCUGUGUCAGUGCAAUCCGGGCGGCUCUGUUCAUGCUAAUUGUGAUCGUGCAACUGGCCAGUGCCUCUGUAAGCAGGGUGUGACAGGACAGCUCUGUGAGGAGUGUGAACCGAGACAUCAUCUUGUGGAAGACGAGUGUGUUUCUUGUGAUGACAACUGCACAGGAGUUUUGUUAAACAGUUUGGAUAAUCUCAACAAGGCCAUACUUUCAGUGAACCUCACUGGUGUUGCCCGUGUGCCCUAUGGGAUAUUGUCAGAGUUGGAGAACGCAACAAAACAUCUGAAGGGGUCUUUAGUUCCUAGAGAAGAUCCAACUUACUCAUUAGCUACAGCAGAAGAAAGUCUCCUGAGUGUAUCAGGAGGAAUUGAUCAGCUGCAUGAAGAGUCAUCUAGAUUUUUGAAAAAAGCUUGGCAGCUUAACACAGUGACUCAGAAAACCAGGAAUAAAAGUCAAGAACUGACUGGAUUUAUUGACACAGUACAUACAACCAUCAAAGUCCUUACUGAAGUUGCUGUGUCACUAAAUGAAACACUGGGCCUGGAUCUCCCGCUGUCAAAUGCUACAUCUCAGAGCCUGCAGGAUGAUAUUUCUGCUCUUCUGGAUGCAUUGCGCAAGAAAGGUUUUGUUCAACAGCACCAUAAUGCUACCAGUGUCUUAAAAGCUGCAGAAAAUUUGUUGAUCCAGGUUCAGAAAGAAUAUCUUAAACCCCAGCAGGAGCUUGCUGAACUAAAAAGGGAUACAAGCCAGCUCUUAUCAAUGCACAACAGCAGACUGCAAGAUGCCCAGGACCUGGUGAAUGAGGCGCUUGCUAACAUCAAUGAGACCAAUCGCUUGUUUCCUCUUAUCUCUAGCAACCUGGCAGAGUUAAAUGACAAAAAGCUAAAUAUAAAGGAGGGUGAAGAAGUCUCAACUAUGCUCAUUAAAGAAGGGAAGGUCCUAGUGAACACUGCUGCUGCUCUUGCCCAGGAUGUAAAGAACUCUACAUCUGACCUGGAGAUCCACCAGGAUGGGUUAGUCCUGUGGAGCACCAAACUGCGACACCACGUGGAUCAGCUGGUGAUGCAGAUAUCUGUGAGAGGAGUGCUUGACCUGGUAUACAGAGCUGAGGACCAUGCCACCCAGUUCCAAAGACUCGCAAAUGCGCUAGAGAGUGGCCUCUCUAAAGUAAGAAAUGUGACUCUGAACACAACUGCUGCUGUCUACACCCACUCCAGUGUUAAAACUGUGAUUGAAAGAACAGAGAGUUUGGCAGAUGAUGCGUCUAGAGUUGUGAAUGGCCCUUUAGAUUUACCAGAGGAGUCUCUCAGUCGUCUUGGAAAAAAAACUCUACUGCUUAGCUCCAAAUUUCAGAAUGAAGCUAAAAAUCUGAAGAAGAGGAGUGACGGCCUUUUAUUUGGAUUGAAUGGAUUGAACAAAAAGGUAGAAACGAUUCAGGAAAGCACUAAUAAAAUUGUCAACCAGCUUAAUGAUUCCAUUUUGACACUAAAAGCAUUGCCUAAUGAUACAAAGAAAUACAUGCUUGAGGUGAAAGAGCUGGCUGUGUCUGCAAACACAAGUGCUGUAGUGGGUUUAAGUCACUUUGGGGAUUUCUCUCAGAAGCUGCUGAAUACUUCUUCUACGUUGUCCCGAGUUAAUGACACAUUGAGGAAAACUAGUGAACUUAUAACUGAUUCAUCAAAAGCUGCAAUCACAGCUGAGAAACAAGUUAAAGAAGUCGAAGCACAAGCAAGUCUUUUAUUCGAUAGGCUGAAGCCUUUGAAAAUGCUAGAGGAGAACUUGAACAGAAACUUGUCUGAAAUUAAAGAGCUCAUCAGCCAGGCCCGCAAGCAGGCAGCAUCUAUUAAAGUUGCAGUAUCAGCAGACAGAGACUGCAUUCGUGCCUACCAACCGCAAAUUUCGUCUACAAAUUACAACACCUUAACGCUCAAUGUGAAAUUACCAGAUAACCUCCUUUUCUACCUGGGUAGCAAUGGAAAGACAGACUUCCUUGCAGUAGAGAUGCGACGUGGUAAGGUAGCUCUCCUUUGGGAUUUGGGCUCUGGAUCAGCAAGAGUGGAAUACCCUGAUUUUCAAAUUGACAACAACAAAUGGCACAGAAUACAUGCAACCAGGUUUGGAAAAACAGGUACACUCACCAUAGAGGAAAUGAACUCCGAUCAGAAGCCUUCAUCUAAAUCUGCAACCUCUCCGGGGACAGCCAGCAUACUGGAUGUUAAUAAAUCAACACUAAUGUUUAUCGGAGGACUUGGAGGGCAAAUCAAGAAAUCGCCUGCUGUUAAGGUGACCCAUUUUAAAGGGUGCAUGGGAGAGGCAUCUCUGAAUGGCAAAUCUAUUGGUCUUUGGAACUACAUGGAAAGAGAGGGCAAGUGCAAUGGCUGUUUUGGAAGCCCACAGGAUGAGGACACUUCAUUCCAUUUUGAUGGCAGUGGAUACUCAGUUGUGGAGAAGGCGCUCCGCUCAACAGUGACUCAGAUAAUAAUAUUUUUCAGUACCUUUUCACCUAAUGGGCUGCUUCUGUAUCUUGCUUCAAAUGGCACUAGAGAUUUCUUGUCCCUUGAGCUUGUUGAUGGCAAGGUGAGACUGACUGUUGAUCUAGGUUCAGGACCUCUUGCUCUUACAACAGAAAAUCGUUACAACAAUGGAACAUGGUAUAAAAUUUCAUUCAGUCGGAACAAGAAACAAGGAAUUUUGGCAGUCAUGGAUGCAUAUAACCUCAAUUACAAAGAAACCAAGCAAGGAGAGUCCCCUGGGGUUGCCUCAGACCUGAAUCGCUCUGAUAAGGACCCAAUCUUUGUUGGUGGGCUGCCAAGAUCGAGGACUGUGAGGAAAGGUCUUAAUAGUAGAAUGUAUGUGGGAUGCAUCAAGAAUCUGGAAAUAUCCCGUUCAACCUUUGACUUGCUUAGAAAUUCGUAUGGAGUAAGAAAAGGCUGUGUAUUGGAGCCUAUUCGUAAUGUGAACAUCUUGAACAAUGGAUAUAUUGAGUUGGCACCGAAGUCCUUAAGCCCAGAAUCAGAACUGAUGGCAACUUUUGCCACAAAGAACAGCAGCGGUAUCAUCCUUGCUGGACUCAGCAGGGGACUGGAAAAGCGACGACGUAGACAAGCACAUUUGCCCUUCUUUUCCAUCAUGCUGACUGAUGGUCAUCUUGCAGUGCAUGUUAAUGCUGGAGAUAGAGGAACUACUAGAAAAGUAAUUCUUCAGUCUGCUAAUGGAACGUACAGUGAUGGACAAGAACACUCUGUCAUCCUAAUCCGGAAUAAGAGGAUCAUAACUGUACAGGUGGAUGAAAGUAACCCUGCAGAAUUGAGGCUUGGUUCAUCAGCAGAAAUGAGCCCCAUGAAUAUUUCCAACUUCUAUGCUGGUGGCAUUCCAGCAGGAGAGGGCAUUUUAGGGCUAAAAAUGGCUGGCUCCUUUCAUGGCUGUAUCAGCAACCUUAUUUUUAACAAGGAGCUUUUGUAUUUCACCACUUCCAUGAAGUAUGAACACGUGGAUAUGGACAGCUGCUUUUUGUCAGAGAAGCCUAAACCAGCCAUACAGCCAGAAGGCAUUGGGAUUCACCCUGAACUUCAGGCUUUACCAGUUCCCCUGAGGCCUCUUACAGAUACAAAAAAAGUAGUUUGUGCAAAAGAUGAGGUACCUGAUCAUGUUCAAGGUGCCCAUCAGUUUGGACUUGCCAAAGGCAGCCACUUGACACUGCUCUUCAAUCAGUCUGCUGUCAGGAAGAAACUUUCUGUCCAGCUGAAUCUCAGAACCUUCGCCUCCAGUGGCCUGAUUUACUACAUGGCUCACCAGAACCAGGUUGAUUUUGCAGCCCUGCAGCUUCAUGGGGGACAGCUCUAUUUCUCAUUUGAUCUAGGCAAAGGAAAAGCAGUAGCUUUUCACCCUGCUCUUAUCAGUGAUGGAAAAUGGCAUACGAUAAAGACAGAAUAUGUUAAAAGAAAAGGUAUAAUCAUUGUGGACGGACAGGAAUUGGUAUCGGUCAGUGCGCUGGGAGAUGGUAGCACUUUGGAUGUGGAGGGGAAGCUCUACGUGGGAGGACUCCCUCUGGACUAUGUGCCAAAGAAUCUUGGGAAUGUGACUCACAGUAUUCCUGCCUGCAUUGGUAGCAUGACGAUUAACAGCAAACAACUGGACAACGAAAGCCCUGUCUCCAUCUUUGCUGUGAAUAAAUGCUAUGUAAAAGUGCAGGACGGUACUUUCUUUGAUGGGAGUGGCUUUGCUGCUCUUGUCAGAGAAGGUUACAAAGUGCGGUCUGAUGUGAACAUCACACUGGAGUUUCGUACGACAGCGGUGCAUGGCGUUCUCCUCGGUGUCAGCAGUGCUAAGGUUGAUGCUGUUGGACUGGAGAUUGUAAAUGGCAAGAUUUUAUUCCAUGUCAACAAUGGAGCUGGCAGAAUAACAGCUACGUAUGAACCAAGAGGCACAAAUAGUUUAUGUGAUGGAAAAUGGCAUAAGCUUCAAGCAAACAAAAGCAAACAUCGCAUUUCGCUGAUAAUUGAUGGGAAUUUGGUUCAAACUGAUAAUCCCUACAUCCAGUCAACCUCUGCAGAUACGAACAAUCCCAUUUAUGUUGGAGGCUAUCCUGCUGAUGUGAAGCAAAACUGCCUCACGAGCAAGAGCUCAUUCCAUGGCUGUUUGAGGAACCUCGUGUUGACCAAGGGCCAACAGGCAGAAUUGUUUGACUUCAGCAGAGCUUUUGACCUGCGUGGAGUCUUUCCUCAUUCCUGCCCUGGGGCUGAGCGCUGAGCUGCAGCAAAGCCUGUCUGAACUGAGCGGGUUUUUGUUCAUCUGUUAUUUUUCAUUCUCAUUUUGUAAUGAAAAGA